UUGCUGGGGAGAGGCGCGAAGAGGCGGGAGGGAGUCCCCAGGGCAGGCGCUGAUUGGCUGAGGUGAGAGCAGCUUUCCUUCCGAUGAUUCGGCUCUUCUCGGCUCAGUCUCAGCGAAGCGCCUGCAGCCGCCGUUUGAGUCGUCCAUCCCGCUGUCCCCUCAAGGAUCAGGAGCCGGCAUCGCCCGCCCGCCCGCCCACUUCCCCGGUGCCGCUGGGAGGAAGCGAGAGGGAGGCCGCCUGCGGGUUUGUUGCCACUGCUCGACCCCCGCUUGGGAAGCCGAGCCCCGGCCCAGUCGGUCGCCUACCACCCCUUGUAGCCGUUAGCCGCGGGCCGCCACAGCCGCCGGCCGGGAGAGGCGCGCGUCAUGGCCUCCGGAGCUGAUUCAAAAGGUGAUGACUUAUCAACAGCCAUUCUUAAACAGAAGAACCGUCCUAAUCGGUUAAUUGUUGAUGAAGCCAUCAAUGAGGACAAUAGUGUGGUGUCCUUGUCUCAGCCCAAGAUGGAUGAACUGCAGUUGUUCCGAGGUGACACAGUGUUGCUGAAAGGAAAGAAGAGGCGGGAAGCUGUGUGCAUUGUGCUUUCUGAUGACACAUGUUCUGAUGAGAAGAUUCGAAUGAAUAGAGUUGUUCGGAAUAACCUUCGCGUUCGCCUAGGGGAUGUUAUCAGCAUCCAGCCAUGCCCUGAUGUGAAGUACGGCAAACGUAUCCAUGUGCUACCCAUUGAUGACACAGUGGAAGGCAUCACUGGCAAUCUCUUCGAGGUAUACCUUAAGCCAUACUUCCUGGAAGCUUAUCGACCCAUCCGGAAAGGAGACAUUUUCCUUGUCCGGGGUGGGAUGCGUGCUGUAGAGUUCAAAGUGGUGGAGACAGAUCCCAGCCCUUAUUGUAUUGUUGCUCCAGACACAGUGAUCCAUUGUGAAGGGGAGCCUAUCAAACGAGAGGAUGAGGAAGAAUCCUUGAACGAAGUAGGCUAUGAUGACAUUGGUGGCUGCAGGAAGCAGCUAGCUCAGAUAAAGGAGAUGGUGGAGCUGCCACUGAGACAUCCUGCCCUCUUUAAGGCAAUUGGUGUGAAGCCUCCUCGGGGAAUCCUGCUUUAUGGACCUCCUGGGACAGGGAAGACCCUGAUUGCUCGAGCUGUGGCAAAUGAGACUGGAGCCUUCUUUUUCUUGAUCAAUGGCCCUGAGAUCAUGAGCAAGUUGGCUGGUGAGUCUGAGAGCAACCUUCGUAAAGCCUUUGAGGAGGCUGAGAAGAAUGCUCCUGCUAUCAUCUUCAUUGAUGAGCUGGAUGCCAUUGCUCCCAAAAGAGAGAAAACUCAUGGGGAGGUGGAGCGGCGUAUUGUAUCACAGUUGUUGACCCUCAUGGAUGGCCUAAAGCAGAGAGCACAUGUGAUUGUCAUGGCAGCAACCAACAGACCCAACAGCAUUGACCCAGCCCUGCGGCGAUUUGGUCGCUUUGACAGGGAGGUAGAUAUUGGAAUCCCUGAUGCUACAGGACGCUUGGAAAUUCUUCAGAUCCAUACCAAGAACAUGAAGCUGGCAGAUGAUGUGGACCUGGAACAGGUAGCCAAUGAGACUCAUGGGCAUGUAGGUGCUGACUUAGCAGCCCUAUGCUCGGAGGCUGCUCUGCAGGCCAUCCGCAAGAAGAUGGAUCUGAUUGACCUAGAGGACGAGACCAUUGAUGCUGAGGUCAUGAACUCUCUGGCAGUUACUAUGGAUGACUUCCGGUGGGCUUUGAGCCAGAGCAACCCAUCAGCACUGCGGGAAACUGUGGUGGAGGUGCCACAGGUGACCUGGGAAGACAUCGGCGGCCUGGAGGAUGUCAAACGUGAGCUUCAGGAGCUGGUCCAGUAUCCUGUGGAGCACCCAGACAAAUUCCUCAAGUUUGGCAUGACACCUUCCAAGGGAGUUCUGUUCUAUGGACCUCCUGGCUGUGGGAAAACCUUGCUGGCCAAAGCCAUUGCUAAUGAAUGCCAGGCCAACUUCAUCUCCAUCAAGGGUCCUGAGCUGCUUACCAUGUGGUUUGGGGAGUCUGAGGCCAAUGUCAGGGAAAUCUUUGACAAGGCCCGCCAAGCUGCCCCCUGUGUGCUAUUCUUUGAUGAGCUGGAUUCAAUUGCCAAGGCUCGUGGUGGUAACAUUGGAGAUGGUGGUGGGGCUGCUGACCGAGUCAUCAACCAGAUCCUUACAGAAAUGGAUGGCAUGUCCACAAAAAAGAAUGUGUUCAUCAUUGGCGCUACCAACCGGCCUGACAUCAUUGAUCCUGCCAUCCUACGACCUGGUCGCCUUGAUCAGCUCAUUUACAUCCCACUUCCUGAUGAGAAGUCCCGUGUUGCCAUUCUUAAGGCCAACCUACGCAAGUCCCCAGUUGCCAAGGAUGUGGAUUUGGAAUUCCUGGCUAAGAUGACUAAUGGUUUCUCUGGAGCUGACCUGACAGAGAUUUGCCAACGUGCUUGUAAGCUGGCCAUCCGUGAAUCCAUUGAGAGUGAGAUUAGGCGAGAACGGGAGAGACAGACAAACCCAUCAGCCAUGGAGGUAGAAGAAGAUGAUCCAGUGCCUGAGAUCCGCCGAGAUCACUUUGAGGAAGCUAUGCGCUUUGCCCGCCGUUCUGUUAGUGACAAUGACAUUCGGAAGUAUGAGAUGUUUGCCCAGACCCUUCAACAGAGUCGGGGCUUUGGCAGCUUCAGAUUCCCUUCAGGGAACCAGGGUGGAGCUGGCCCCAGUCAGGGCAGUGGAGGUGGCACAGGUGGCAGUGUGUACACGGAAGACAACGAUGAUGACCUGUAUGGCUAAGUGAUGAUGGCAUUGAGUGCAGUGAGCUGGCCUGGCUGGACCUUGUUCCCUGGGGGUGGGGGAGCUUGCCCAGGAGGGACUAGGGAUGCUCCCACAGCCUGCUUCAUUCCUCAGUCUGAACAGUUCAGCUACAGUCAGACUCUGGACAGGGGGUUUCUGUUGCAAAAAAUACAAAACAAAAGCGAUAAAAUAAAAGUGAUUUUCAUUUGGGAGGCAGAGAGUGAAUUACCAACAGGGAAUUGGGCCUUGGGCCUAUGCCAUUUCUGUUAUAGUUUGGGGCAGUGCAGGGGACAUGUGUGGGGUGUGAACCAGGGCACUACUGUCACCCCCACAGUAAAGCAUCUGCACUUCACUCAAUGUUGCCCGAGCCCUCCGUUCCCCAUAUCCAACCUGGGUAGGUGGGUUAGGGGCCACAGUUGCUGGGUGUUUAUUAUAUAGAGAGUAGGUUGAUUUUAUUUUACACGCUUUUGAGUUAAUGUUGGAAAACUAAUCACAAGCAGUUUCUAAACCAAAAAAAUGACAUGUUGUAAAAGGACAAUAAACGUUGGGUCAAAAUGGAGCCUGAGUCCUGGCCCCUGUGCCUGCUUCUUUUCCUGGGAAGGGCCUUGGGCUACCCAUCACCCCAUUACUGCCAAGGCACUCUUCCAAAUGUGAAAUCCUGGAGGUAAGAUUGCACCCUCUUCACCUCCUGAUUAAGACUGGUAUGAUAUCUACUGCUUUGUCCUGUGUCUGCAGUAUCACUGGAUAGGACUAUGGUGAAGGGGAAACAGGCUGAUGGAGCUCCAGAUGUGGAGAAUGUGGCAUCCCUCCACCUAUGUUUGAUGUGGAUGGUAAGGCUAGGUCUGCAGAGCUCCCUUAUCCUGACCAAGGACUGUAUUGCGGUGCCCUCUAAAAAUCUUGGGAUUGCAAAGUCAUAUAAUUUCUGUCUGCAGGUGAAUAUUCUCUAUACCCCCUUUUAUGUAUCUAAAAAUCCCAAAGAUUCACCCCCUGGUUGAAGAUCACAAUUAUGUCCAGCUUUACUUUAUGUAACUUGUAUUAUAAAAAAAGAGCUUUUUGCUAA